CUUGUAUUUCAGGCUUAGAAUAAACUUGUAAUUGUAAAUUUAUUUUUGUAUUCCAUUUCACAUUCACCAAACAUGAGCGCUUCAUCAGAGGGCGGCGGCAGAGACCGGAGCAAAGAAAUAAUAAAGCCAAAGACAGCAGCAACAGCAGCUGCGCAGACAGCCGUGACGGCAAGCGAUGCGGCGGGGGUCAUAGAGGGCACAUCCAAGCACACAGCGGCGGCAGAACAGCCCAUUGACAACGGGUUCUGGGAGGCGGUGCAGACAGACGAUAUCGACCGUGUGCAGCAUCUGAUUGCGUCCGGGGCGGCCAGCGGAUCGCAGUUGGAUGCGCAGGGCAACACAGCGCUGCAUUGGGCGGCACAGGCGGCGGCAAUGCGCGUACUGCGGUACCUGGCGGAGGACGUGGGCGCGGACAUUGACGCACGGUGCCAGCGGUUCCUUGCCCCGGUGAUCUUCUGGGCAAUCGCGCAGCGGCACCUGUGUGCGGUCGAGUACCUGGUCGGGCGCGGGGCCAACCUGCUUUUAACAGACUCGGGUGGCAACACGGCGCUGCACGCGGCGGUGCACUCGGGGUCGAUACCGGUGCUGGUGUUUGUCGCGUGCAUGCAGGCGGAGGCGCGCGCCGGGUCGCUGGACGCUGGCGACGCCAUGGGCACAACACCGCUGAUGUGGGCGGCGUAUCAGCGGCGGCAGGAGAUGGUUGAGUUUCUGCUGCGCGUCGGCGCCAACAUCGACGCUCGCAACAACACCGGCAUGACUGUGCUGCACUUCGGCAUGAUGAGCACGGCGGCGGACAUCGUCGACACGCUGCUGGCGCGUGGCGCCGACCCAGCCAGCGAUGCCGGCGGCCAGACGCCGCGCGACUACGCCGUGCAGAACAACUUUGCUGCGGUGUUCGACGAGCAGGUGUCGCUGGCGCGCAAGAUGCGCGCGGUCGAUGACUCCGGGCGCCGCGUUAUGGGCCGGUCGCUGCGCAAGGAGCUGGCUGCCGCGGCGCUGCCGCUGGUCAUGGUGGGCACGGCGCUGGCGGCUGUGGCCACGUACCCGUGGUUUGUCGGCGUGCCGCUGGCGCUAGGCGUGCUGGCGGCCAUGCACGCGCUGGUGCUGCGCUACGUGGUGCGCUCGCGCGAGCCGCUGCACCUGCAGUCGGUGCCGUACUUCUCGGCGGUCUUCCAGGCGUCGGCGCUCUACACGCUGGUCACCUGGGCAACGCGCAUUUUGCCGGUAACAGUUGCCGGCGCCAUCGACGGCCGCACUAUCCCGACGCACUGGCUGCUCAACACUGUGUUCGCCGGGAUGCUGUUCCUGUGUCUGCUGCACUUCUACCGCGCGGUGUUCGGCGAUCCAGGCUACGUGGCGCGCAACGAGACGCUGCUGGGCGCAGCGCCCACUGUGCGGCGGCUGGCGGCGGCGGCGACUCUGGACUUUGAUCACUUUUGCCGCACGUGCCUCAAUAUCCGGCCGCUGCGGUCCAAGCACUGCCGGGUGUGCAACCGCUGCGUGGUGCGCUUUGACCACCACUGCCCGUGGACGUACAACUGCGUGGGCGCGCUCAACCACCGCAGCUUUAUGCUGUUCUUGGGUUUUCUCGUGCUGGGCGUCUUUGUCUUUGUGGUGCUGGUCAGCAUGUAUUUGAGCUACGUGUUUGUCGUCUACGACCCUAUUCCGGGCCAGCCCUGCUACCUGGGCGAGUCCAUGUGCGGGCUGUUCCAGGCCGAUGCCUGGGCUGUGGUGCUGACCGGAUGGCUGGGCAUCAACUGCUCAUGGGCCGGCUUCCUGCUUGUGUCGCAGUUGUACCAGGUUGCCGUCGGCUGCACCACCAACGAGAUGACCACCGGGUACCUGCGAGUGGCGCCCAGGGGCAAAGACGGCCACCAGUGCAAGCAUGGCCACUCCCACGCUCACGGCCAUGGCCAUGGCCACGGCCACGGCUCCAAGCAGGGCGCCAAGAAGGGCCCUGUAUCCGGCGCUGCGUCGUGGCUCAAGUCGGCCAUCAUUGGGCUUGGUGGCACUGUGGAGUCCGGCGACCGCACCAUGUCGACCUCUGCCACUGCGCGCCCAGCCGACGCUGAGGCUGCUGGCUCCGAGAACAUGCCGCCGCCCAUCUCCAAUGCCAGCUCAAUGACUUCCACCAGCGUGCUUUCGCAGAACGAAGAGUCCUUCCCGCUGACAGGCAUGGGGUACGCGGCUCUGAGCAGCAGCAGCGGUACGGGGGGCAAGAAGGACCCGUAUGAUUUCGGCCUAGUGGAUAAUUGUCUUGGGUUCUGGACCCACGACAAGGAGGGCCGACUGGCCAACACCGAUUGGUUCAGUGUCAUGGAAUUGAGCGAGCUGGCCCCAUACCACCCACCGCCACAGCAGUUCCUGACAGAGGCCACCUAUGUUUCGGUGAAUGUAGAUGUAUAGAAUAAUGUUUUACACUGUAUGGCUUGUCUGGGUGGCUUUAUUGAGUUUCCACUUGUCAAUGGCUGCAAAAUAAAUUUAGCGACAAAAUAAAGGACUGGUGCGUGGCUAAAGUGUGGCUGAAACGUGCCUGGAGGGAGUCAAAAGGCAAGGCUGAAUGCAACUUUCCCUUUUUUGUUACCACCGUUCUUUGUAAUAUGUGCUCCAUAUUAUGUUUAUAAUAUUUGAAAUCCAA